CCAACAACCAAAAUAUUAAAAAAGGAGCACAGCUCACAAAAGGUGUACAGACCAGUGGAUACUUCUCACCAGUAGAAUUUCUUCCAGAAUCAGAACUUGUCUGUGGUGACACAGUAAACAAGAAAGAAGGGAUUCUUCCUAAAAUAGAAAAAGAAACUCAAGACAAAGGAUGGAAAGAGCAAGGAGACCCGCUAAGACAAGACCAAAACAGGGAAAGGGAAGAAAAACUGAAACGUUUUCAGGAAAUACAGGCUUUAGAGGAGAGAGUUCAAAAACUUCAUGAUGAGUGGGAAAGGGAAGAAUAUGACAAAAUGAAAAAAGAAAGCAGCUUUUUAUUGGAUAAAGAAGAGAAAACUAAGAUGGAGACAGAACUCCACAAACCUGAAGUAGAGAGAGAAAGCACUGAAAUGCUGGAAGAGCAGCGGAAAAGAGAGUUCCUGCUUGCUAAAAUGCAAGAGAUUGAUAGAGAAACUCAAAAUGUAACAGACAUGAAACCUGCUUCCCAAGCACCACUCAUAAAUACAGCAAGAAAAUCUGAUUCUAUGGAGAAAAAAGACAAAAAUAAUCAAUUCUUUGAGAUUCCUGGCAAGGUUACUAAUGGAUUUCCUGUAGAUAGCAGCCCGGAUGAUGCCACAAGAGCACAAGGGCAGAAGCAACAAAAUCUGAGGACCGUAGAUUUAAGUAGUGAGUUAACAUUUGGUAGUUAUGUACCUUCCUUUGGGAAGGCAUCAGGGAGACCGAGUUGGCUUACUCAAAAAAGUGACAACUUCGAAGAAACUGUUAAGGAAAAAGCAGAUUUCAAUGAUAAGAAAGAAAAGAAGUCCAGUUUAAUGGAACAACUGUUUGGAAGCAGUGCCAGUAACAUCCUUGUUUCUAAAAAUAACGAUACAACACCUUUUGACAUAGAUUGGGACUCUAGUAAUACUCUUCUCGUCAAUAAAAACAGUAAAGUCAAAGUAAAAGAAGCCAAUGAGCUUUUUGGUGAAGGAAGAAACCUAAACAGACACCGUUUGCAGCACACUACAAGCAAGCUAGGGGUUAAGACCCUUGGUUCUUUAGAAGAUGACAUCGAAGAAGUAAUCUUACAGUGA